ACUACAAAUCACCUCCCUGUCGGCGAAAAUUUAUUCUUGGACAAACAGGCACAGAGAAUCGAAUAAAUCUCUUUUGUUUGACGAAGACGACGACGACGACGAAGACGACGAAGACGAAGACGAAGACGAAUAAAUCUCCUUACUAAUCUUGAGUGUGUUGGUUUUGCUUUGUGGGUGUUAUACUGAACUUGGUCUUUGUAGACAAGACAACUUCUUGAAGAUGAAGCUUGGUGGUGUUCAUGAUUGUAAGGGUUCUCAAAACAGCGGAGAGAUUGAUAGCCUCGCUCGUUUUGCUGUCCAAGAACAUAACACGAAAGAGAAUGCUCUUCUUGAGUUUGUGAGGGUGGUGAAGGCCAAAGAGCAGGUGGUUGCUGGUAAGCUAUACCACCUUACUCUAGAGGCGAAUGAUGCUGGUAAUAAGAAGAUAUAUGAAGUUAAAGUCUGGGUGAAGCCAUGGAUGAACUUCAAGCAGUUGCAGGAAUUCAAGCAUGUUGAAGGGGGUACAUCCUCAGACCUUGGCGUUAAACAAGGCGCAUUACACAAAUCAGAUGAUCAUGGAUCAGGAUGGAAAAUGGUGUCAACAAAUGAUGUCGAGGUCCAAAAUGUAGCAAGUCAUGCUGUUAAGUCCAUUCAGGAGAGAUCUAAUUCAUUGUAUCCAUAUGAACUCUUAGAGAUCCUUCUGGCGAAAGCCAAGGUCACUGAAGAUUCUGCCAAAUUCAAUCUGCUUCUGAAAUUGAGGAGGGGAAUCAAAGAAGAGAAUAUCAAGGUUGAAGUAAUUAAAAACAUAGAAGGGAAGUUUUAUGUAAAUUUGAUGCCAUAAUAUGCAAAAGCCUUGUGUGCCUUGGUGCUGCUACCUACAGUAUAGUAUAGAGCAAUAAACACACCACUCUGGCAAUUAUGCUUUUAUGUUUGAAUCUGUAUAUAUUUAUGCUUUAUGACAUAGAUAUGGAUUUUAUGAGUAACCUCCUCAAUCAUAUAUAUAUAUAUAUAGAGAGAGAAAUGCUUGAGUUGUCAA